UUAGGUGCCUUAUUUCUUCUCCUACAAACAAGGAGCUCUUUCCCUGUCCAUGCCGCCACAAAGUUCAACUAAUUUUACGUACCACCAUGAUGGCUCUCAAAUUUUUGCUUCCAACUCCGGCUGCUUCUGUCAUAUUUCUGUUGUUCUCUUGCUCUUUAUUUGUUGGUUCAUCUCCCAGUGAUUCCAUCGCUGAUCACGAAGCCUUGUUGUCCUUGAAGAGCCUCGUGAGCAACCCUUCUGGUUCUUUGGCUUCUUGGAACCAUAGCUCUAGCUACUGCAACUGGAAAGGGGUCUCCUGCAACAAUUGCAGCCGACGAGUCAUUGGAAUUGAUCUACAAGGGCUGCACCUGGAAGGAACGAUGACGUCCAGGAUAGGUAAUAUCUCCUUCUUUGAGUUCCAGAACAAUAAAUUCUCUGGCAGUCUUACUGAGAAUAUUGGAGGGCUUUCCAGCUUGAAAUUUCUGAACUUGAGCAACAAUGCCAUCAGUGGUGCCAUUCCUAUGAACAUCACCAGAUGCUCUAGCCUUGAAGUCAUUGACCUCACCGACAAUGAAGUCACCGGCACCAUACCUCCUGAGCUUGACCGUCUAUACCACCUGAAAGUCUUGAACUUAGCGCAGAACAAUAUUUCAGGUACCAUUCCUCCUGCUCUUAGUAAUCUCUCGUCCCUCACCACCCUAAAUUUGGCCACCAAUUCCCUUCACGGUCCCAUACCAGAAGUUUUAAGUCGUCUGAGGAAACUGCAGCACUUGCAAAUCUCCUUGAACAUCCUCAGUGGCACGGUCCCAACUUCUCUUUACAAUAUGUCCUCAAUCAACACGUUUGCUUUGGCCUCAAACCAAUUGUGGGGAGAAAUCCCUGCGGACAUUGGCUUCACCAUGCCUAAAAUGUUGUCUUUCCAUAUUUAUUUCAAUAAAUUCACUGGCACCAUCCCCCCAAGUCUGCAUAAUCUCACAAAGAAGCAGAGCAUCCGGAUGUCACACAACCUGCUGCGUGGUACUGUGCCAGGAGGCCUGGAAAGGCUAGCGGACCUUAUUCUCUACACCAUUGGAUUCAACCAUCUUGUUAACAGCAAAGAGAAGGGGCUGAGUUUGCUUAAAUCCCUUACCAAUGCUACCAAACUUGAGUUUCUUGCCAUUGAUGGGAACUUGUUUGAGGGAGAAAUUCCAGCUUCUGUAGGGAACAUGUCAAGGCAGCUCUCUAAGCUCUACAUGGGUGGGAACAUGAUCUCUGGCUGGAUUCCAUUGGGAACAAGCUCACAGGGGACAUAGCAACUUCCAUAGGAACCUCACCAAGUUAAGUCAGCUCGAUCUGUCUGUCAAUAAUUUCAUGGGAGUGAUACC